UUUCUGCGCAGUGGUUUUUCAGUGAAUUUUCUAUUUUCCAAGCAAAAAAUCAGUCUGGAAUCGUGAAAACCCGGUGGCUUUAAAAUGGGAAAACUCAACGUCACCGUUCUGCGGUACCUCAGUAAGGAAGACUUCCGGAUUCUCACUUCCAUCGAAAUGGGCAUGAAGAACCACGAACUGGUCCCGGGGGCGCUGGCUGCGGCCAUAGCUAGUCUCAAAGCCGGCGGUGUCCACAAACUGCUGCGGGAACUCUGCAAACACAAGUUGCUCGCGUACGAACGUGGGAAGAGAUUCGAUGGUUAUCGAUUAACGAACACGGGAUACGAUUAUCUGGCGUUGAAGUCGCUUACGUUGAGGGGUUCCGUUUCCGGAUUCGGUAAUCAGAUCGGUGUGGGCAAGGAGUCCAACAUCUACACAGUGGUCAAUGAGGAAGGAACUCCACUGUGUUUGAAGCUUCAUCGGCUGGGACGGAUCUGCUUCCGGAAUGUGAAGGAGAAGCGGGACUACCACGGGAAGCGGAACAGAAUGAGUUGGUUGUAUUUGUCGCGAAUUUCUGCCACCAGAGAGUUUGCCUACAUGAAGGCGCUGUACGAUCGAGGAUUCCCCGUUCCGGAACCGAUCGACUUCAACAGGCACUGCGUGGUGAUGGAACUGGUGGACGGGUAUCCGUUGACGAACAUUUCCGAGGUGGGCAACGUCGAGGCGCUGUAUGACGAUUUGAUGAAUUUGAUUGUUCGGCUGGGAAAUUGUGGCGUGAUUCACGGGGAUUUCAACGAGUUCAAUGUCAUGAUUACGGAAGAUCAGAAGCCGAUUCUGAUCGAUUUCCCGCAGAUGGUGUCGACCUCGCAUCCGAAUGCGGAGAUGUACUUCGAUCGGGAUGUGACGGGGGUGAGGGAUUUGUUCCGGAAGAAGUUCGGCUAUGAGAGCGAGGAAUAUCCGAAGUUUAGUGAUUUGGAACGGGAUGAUGAGCUGGACAAGGAGGUGCUGUGCUCAGGAUAUGGAUUCACCCAGGAAAUGGAGGAUGAUAUCCUGAAGGAGUACCAUCAGGAAAGCGAUGGGGAAGGGGAGGAGGAUGGUGAUGAAGAAGGUAGUGAUGAGGAGUACCAGGAUAGCGUGACGGGAGAUUUGGAUGAGAAGGAAAUUGAAGAGUGCAGGAGGAAGCUAGAGGAGGAAAUCAAAUUUUCCGAAGAAAAGCCAACUCCGGCCUCGAAGCAAGACGAGAAGAACUCCAGCAUCCUAAAAUACAUUGCAUCAAUGUCUGCCGAAGAGAUGGACAAGCCUUUCAACGAUGAAGAGGAGGAGAUCUUUAAGGAUGCACUGGUGGAUGGAGCAGCGGCAGUGGGUGCUACCUUGCUGGAACCGACCUUACCACAACAGGGCCAAAGUCAGCUGACGCAAAUCGAUAAUGGAAACGAUGAAGACGACGCCGCCUCGAUCAGUUCGAAUGAGCUGAUCACCAACGAGCAGGACGACAAACUGGCCGAGCUGGAUCCUAGUUCGCGCGAAUACCGCAUGAUUAUGGUCCGGAAGCUGUUGGACGAUGCACGGAGUGCGCGGUCCUACUCGACGACGGCCAGCACGAUUGCUCCGUCGGUUGUGGCCGACCGGGUCAAGGGUGGCCUUCGGCAACAGGAGAAGAAAGACCAGAAAAACCGAGCCGUUCCGAAGGGAGAAGCCAGUGCCGUUCGACGAAUGCGAAAGGAUAACAACAGUAUCGUCAAAGAAUAUCGCGGGUGGGAUUUCUAAUAAGGUAAGUCUAAUGAUAGGUCUAGGUGGUUUUCACAUACUCUAUUUUAAUAUAUUAUGUAUAGCUGAUACUACAA